CGCGCAAGCGGAUGCGUCUCUCCUCCCACCGCCACGGCAUCCUGCACCCUCUGUAUGAUUGCCCGCCCCGCCAGAGAUGUGCUCUCCUCCGCGACGAAGAAGCAGUUUCGCUUCAGAGGUUGCCUCGCCGCCCGUCAUGAGCCGUAUCACACCUCGACAUCCCGGGCCGGCCAGGUAGCCAUACUUCCCGCCACAACGGAUGACAAGACGCUCGUCUCGGUCUUCGACUCGCCUCGGAGCAAUGCGAAACUAUCCGGCUUCGCGACGACGGGCCUCUUCAACCAUUCCAUGCUCACGCACCCUCGCGCGCUGAACUCGAUCGCUCAGGGGACACUCAUACGCGCGCAUGUCCUGACGAACCGCAUUCUUCGUGCGAAGGAGUCCCGGGAGGAGCUCUUCAAGGUCGUCAAGAACCUGGACAGGCUCAGCGACAUGCUCUGCAGUGUCAUCGACCUCUGCGAACUCGUUCGCAACUCGCACCCCGAUCGCGCCUGGGUUGAGGCAGCCAACGACGCGUACGAGGGACUUUGCCAGACCAUGAACGAGCUGAACACCCAUGUGGGGCUCUACGAUGUUCUGAAGAUUGUGCUGUCCGACCCUGAGAUCGUCAAGUCCUUAAGCCCAGAGGCUUACCGCACCGCGAUGAUCUUUUGGAAUGACUUCGAGAAGUCGGCAAUCAACCUCCCUGCGAAGGAACGCGAAGAGUUCGUCGCACUCUCCUCCGAAAUCAUAUCCCUCGGGCGCAUGUUCCUAGAGGAGACCACCGCCGCACGUCCCCCUGCCAAAAUUCCCCCUUCAGACCUGGCUGGGUUGAAGGACAAGGGUAUGGGCGUGCGUCUGCAGCUGCAGGCGCAAUUCACGCAGCGCGAUUUGCAUGUCUACCCUGGGUCAUUGCAAGCACAAAUGAUUAUGCGGUCGGCCCCGGCGGAAGAGGCGCGAAGGCGUGUCUAUAUCGCGUCACAUUCCAGCACGCCAGAGCAGAUAGAGCUUUUGGAGCGCAUGCUCUCCACACGCGCGAGGCUCGCCCGACUGGUCGGCCGAGAGAGCUUCGCGGCUAUGGCCCUCGAUGACAAGAUGGCUAAGAAUCCCACCAAUGUCGCUCGCUUCCUCGACUCCCUUAUGGAUCGUUCACGACCUUACGCCCGUCGCGCGUUGAGGAACCUUAGCAUGCGCAAGCAAGAGCAUCUCCAUACCCCGCCAUUCCCCACAAUCCAAGCCUGGGACCGAGAUUACUACUGUCCCCCUGAACCACCAGCACCUCCCAUUCCCCUUCCUAGACUCACCUUCGGCACCGUCCUGAUGGGACUAUCCCGCCUAUUCCGUCACUUAUAUGGCAUCCACUUGCGCCCCGUGAAGCCCAUCGCUGGCGAGGUCUGGCACUCCGACGUUCACAAGCUGGAAGUGGUGGACGAGGAGAAGGGUGUCAUUGGCCUCAUCUACGCGGACGUCUUUGCGCGCCGAGGGAAAGCGAGCGGCGCAGCACACUACACAGUGCGGUGCUCGCGGCGAACAGACGACGACGAUGUGCAGGGCGACAAUGACGAGUUGACGCGGAUGUACCCUGAUCUAAUCAAGCAGUCGGAGGAAUUCGAGGCGGUCGGUCGGGGACCGAUACCUGGACUGCCGGGGACGUACCAGCAGCCCUUGGUCGUCUUGCUCUGCGAGUUUGCGCGCCCUUCGCUUGGUGCGGCGGUCCUCGAAUGGCACGAAGUCAUGACCCUCUUCCAUGAGAUGGGCCAUGCCAUGCAUUCCAUGAUCGGCCGCACCGAGUACCAGAACGUCUCCGGUACUCGCUGCCCCACCGACUUCGUCGAGCUUCCCUCUAUCCUCAUGGAGCACUUCCUCAACUCGCGCCAGGUCCUCUCCCUCUUCCACGCCGACUCCACCUCUUCUUCUUCCCAGCCCAUCGGCAAUCAGCACGAAGACCCAUGCCACUCCAUCGACACCUACGCGCAGAUCAUGCUCGCCGCCCUCGACCAGAUCUACCACUCGCCCGCCGCGCUCGAGCCCGGGUUCGACUCGACGCGCGAGCUGGCGAGGUUGCAUGAUGAGAAGGGGCUGAUUCCGUACGUGCCCGGGACGAGCUUCCAGACGCAGUUCGGGCACUUGUUCGGGUAUGGGGCGACGUACUACUCGUACCUGUUUGACCGCGCGAUCGCGUCGAGGGUGUGGAAGGACGUUUUCAGCUCCUCGCCGUUGAGUCGGGAAACGGGUGAGCGGUACAAGCAGGAGGUGCUGCGAUACGGUGGUGGCAAAGACCCAUGGGAGAUGGUCAGCGCGUUGCUGAAGGCGCCGGAGUUGGCUAGUGGAGAUGCGGAGGCGAUGGCGACUGUCGGGCGGUGGAAGAUUGAGGAUGAGGUUGGGUUGCCUGGCAGGCACUAGACUAUACUACGAUACUGACGCUCACAUCGGCACACUAACUACUGUACGCAUAAUCCGCAAUGCAUCUGUAGCCCACCCUCAUCGCCUCUACCAGUCGCAAUACAUGCAUCCCCCAUCGGGCUUUAUCAGCAACUUCGAGCUGGCCAGCGUCAAUUUGUUCAAAGAGUGG